AUGGCUGGAGUUACUGUUAAGGACGUCAACGCUCACGCUUUCAUCAAGGCCUAUGCUGCUUACUUGAAGCGCACUGGUAAGCUCGAUGUUCCCAAGUGGGCCGAUCUUGUCAAGACCGGUACCUUCAAGGAACUCGCUCCCUAUGACCCCGAUUGGUACUUUGUCCGCGCUGCCUCCGUUGCUCGUCACAUCUAUAUCCGCAAGAGCGUCGGUGUCGGUGCUUUGAACAAGGUUCACGGUGGCCGUGUCAACCGCGGUUCCCGCCCCUCCCACCACGUUGAUGCUUCCGGCUCCGUCAACCGCAAGGUUCUCCAGUCUUUGGAAAAGAUCGGUGUCUUGGAAAAGGACAAGAAGGGUGGUCGCCGUAUCACUCAAGAUGGUCAGAGAGAUUUGGAUCGUAUUGCACAAACUCUCGCUUCUGAGGAUGAGGAAUAAACUUUUAUACAUUUGAUGUUGUAGAUUUCCCAAAAACCAAAAUGGAUACAUUGCCUACUUGUUUCUUUUCAAAAUGUUGUAUAACUUGACGAAAGUUAGAAUUGGCUGAUAUGCCGCCACCAUGCGAGUAUUGAUAUGUUGUGGUGGGGUGAAAGAAUACUGACCACAAAAAAGACCAAAGUCAUAAAAGUCGUGGGUCAUACUCCGUGAGCCAAAAAUAAAACACUAUUCAAGGUCGUCCGUGGCAACGAAUGUCCAUAAAAGCUUGAACAUGGAAUUCAUAUGGUAAUAUACCUGUUGCAACAACAGACAAG